ACAUAUGACUUAUUCUUUAGUGUAUAUUCUCAAUAUUUUUACUGAUCAUGGAAUUUUGAAUGACAUGCUAUGGAAUUCAAAUGGAAAAAGAAUCAUGGAGAGAUCCCUGAAUCCUUUCGAGCCCCAGUUCGCCAGAAUCCACUCGGGGGAGCUUCGUCUGCGGGCCCCAAAGGAAGCUAGCAGCCUGCCCAUGCUUCCUUUGAAGCCCGCACUGGACGGCUGGACUGUUAUGAGGAAUGCUAGAGAACGUGUGGAGGUCCUCGGUGGUCCCGCAGCUGUGAGGAAUUACAAAAAUGUGCUGUCCCAGCACAUCCUGCAGUUCGGGAAGUACCGGGGACAGACGUUCAAGUGGGUCCUGGAGAAUGAUCUCGGGUGGGUUACUGGCGUACUGGCUACAGUCGCGUGUGCUGGCGAGAAGGAGGAGGGUACCCCCCUGUCGCAGAACAAGUUCCGUCUCCUGCAGUACGUGAAGAUGUACCCCAUGGUCCACGAGAUCCUGAAGGAGAAGGAGGCGAAGCGAAGGGUGGAGAAGUCUCUGGAGGAUGCCAAGCCGAGGAAGGUAAGUAUGCCGGCGACAGCGACCCGACCGUCCCAGGAGCCUCAUCUGAAGACCGACGUGAUGGAGGACCGAGACCUGGCUGCCGCAGUACGGGAGAUCGAGACCAUGGAGAUCCUCUCGGGUGCACGGUUCCUGCGUACCUGGAAACAGGUCCUGGACCCGUGUGACCUGAAGUGGAUCUCCAAGGCCCUCUUCCGCGUCAACCAGCAGGGAAAGCCAGAGAUGUGUUUUGACGUCAUCGACCACAUGUGGUACCACCCCCCUAGCCCCCCAUUGGUGUGCACGCAGCCGCCCAUUGCUGACAGGUACUUUGCCAGGCCCAUCUUUCUAUGGAUGCCUAAGAGACUGUGGGCUGUGAGGCUGGUUUGUCCGGACUUCAAGUGCCAGAAACAGGAGCUAAUUUCCUCUGGCAUCUACCGGACCCUGCGGAGAGUGUUGGCCAUGUCUGGCUUCUACUAUCUGGCUGCUGAGUACUUGGAGUGCACCAGAUGCAAGAAGAAGUUGAGCAGCUGGAACGAGGAGAUAGUGAGCCAGCUCGACGUGGGACACCGCCUCCAGUUUCCCUGCAUCUUGACCAGAAUGAUGGCUUGCGACAUGGAAGUGGUGAAGAUGCUGAGACAGCGGGGACUGGGGAACAGUGUCGCCAGACUCCGGCAGAACCUCUCGGAACUCCACGGCGAGGAGAUGCUCAGGAGGACGGCACACUACCUCAGCGACUGCCAGGCCUUCACCAGCGCCCAGAAGAAGGGACUCUUGGCUGUGGCCCAGUUUUCUCCCCCGCCCACGCCCCGGAAGAUCCCGUCCUGCCAGUGGCUUUCCUCCGUCUUCUGUCGAGACGUGAUGUCCAGACUGGAGGAAGUCAAGGCUUCCAUCACCAGCGUCUACGGGAGGAUCCUGAAAGUGGACUCCACCAAGAAAGUGGUGAGGAAGCUGCAGGGGACGGCUGCCGACACUGCCGCGUGGGCCACCAACGUGGGGAACGAACACGGCCAGGUGUUGAUGUCUGUCGUCACUGCUGGAGAGGGAGCUGGACUGGACGCCAUGUUCGACGGACUCCAGAGGAGGUACAGCGAGGCCAGAGUCAACCCACCUGAGGUUGUCUACGUGGAUCGUGACUGCUGUGGCACGAACUACGUAGGCAAGAAGUUUGAGCAGUGGUUCGCCACUCAGGUGAGGCUGGACAUCUGGCAUUUCAUGAGGAGGAUUGCGAGUGCUUGUACCACGGAAUCGCACCCCCUGUACCCCCAGUUCAUGCGUCGUCUGUCCGGCUGCAUCUUCCAGUGGGACGAUGAGGACCUGACCGCCCUGAAGGAGGCAAAGCAGACUCAGGCCGCAGAGGAGGGUGUCAGCAUCCAAGGUCGAGAGCAGGAGUGGAUGACCAAGAGGGAACUGCGCCACGCUGUCAACCAGUUGGCACAGACUGUCCUUGGGUCCCCCUUAGACCCCGCCUUCCAGCACCCGCGGGUCCACACCGGAGAACUGAUAGGGGUGGAGUACCUGUAUUCCCAGACGGGCAAGGCACUCCAGGAGAUCAAGGAGGAGGACGAGGACCUGGAGGAGGAUGACGGGGAGAUGGACGAGGGUUUCGGCGAGGAAGUGGUAGUCGUCGAAGACCUGACCAUUCCAGAGCCUGACAUCGAGGCAGCGGCAGCAGUGAUGCAGUCCAGGAAGCUAGUGGCCGGUCUCGUGCAACCACCAUCCAGUACUGCACCGCCACCAUCCAGCACUAGUGCUGUCCGGCAACUUCGCAGUACUGUCAGGUCGCCGAGAAAAGCCGCACGGCCCACUGGACAGCCUAACCUUGUCGCUGCCUCAAUGCCAGCACCUCGACCCGAGACCCCCCAUCUGACCCCACCCCAGCCGGAGCCUGCACCUUCCACCCUACCAGAAAGAACUCCACCCCUCUCAUCCCAGGCAGAGUCGGCACCGGAAGAGCAGAACCAGGAGGAGCGGCUGCAGGAACCCACCUCCGGACUCCAGCAAGUGCAGGACCUGGCAGACUACUUGUAUGAGCUCAGGUCGUGCAGGACCCUGUCUCGGAGUCAGGAGGAUGCCUUGAUUGCCCUCCGGGAGAAACUGGAACCCCAGGACAAAAGACCUACGGUGUUUCAGCCCAGGACCAAGUCCCCUCCCAAGGGCAGGUUCCAGGCAGCCAAGACAGCCAAAGGACCGGUGAAAGCCAACGAGGAGAAGACCAAGAGGUGA